CGCAAGCGCAGUGUCACUUACACAGCAUGGAAGUAGUGGUGCUCUUGUGUUCUGCUUUAGCAGUCUUGGUAUGGGGCUUUUGGGGGGCUUGGGACUCCUUGGAACGAAUGAAGAGUCAGGAGCAAGCUGGCUGGCUGAGAGCCGAGAGCCGGACUCUUCUGGUCAUUGCGCACCCCGAUGAUGAAGCCAUGUUCUUUGCUCCCACAGUGCUAGGCUUGGCACGCCUGAGGCACCAGGUGUCCGUGCUCUGCUUCUCCACAGGAAAUUACUACAAUCAAGGAGAGAUUCGUAAGGAAGAACUUUUGCAGAGCUGUGAUGUUUUGGGGAUUCCAUCUUCCAAUGUAAUGAUUAUUGACAACAGGGCUUUCCCAGAUGACCCAGGUGUACAGUGGGACACUGAGCAUGUGGCCAGCCUCCUCCUCCAGCACAUAGAAGCUAAUGGCAUCAACCUGGUGGUGACUUUUGAUGCCAGAGGAGUAAGUGGUCACAUCAAUCACAUUGCUGUUCAUGCAGGUGUGAGGACCCUACACUCAGAAGGGAGGUUACCUAAAGGGUGCUCUGUGCUCACGCUUCAGACUGUGAAUGUAGUGCGCAAGUACAUCUCCCUUCUGGAUCUGCCCUUUUCUCUGCUUCAGACCCAGAAUGUCCUGUUUGUGCUCACCAAUGAAGAGGUGGCACAGGCCAAGAAAGCCAUGUCCUGCCACCACAGCCAGCUCCUCUGGUUCCGCCACCUCUAUGUUUUCUUCUCCCGGUACAUGAGAAUCAACUCGCUGCACUUCCUCUGA